AAAUCAUUCCAGAUAGGAAGCUCAUGCUGUGAAUUCAUCUGCCUAGAUGACACUUUAGGCAAUACUUCUGAAAAAAGUUAUGAUUUUGGAAUGUGACUGGUGGCAUUUGGUGUGAUCAUAACACUUUCGUUAAUCUUAUUGUUUUUUGUUGCAAACCGGUUACGACAAAGAAAAACGCAAGUACGAGAGGUACGACAAGCAAUUGACGAUCAACGAAACAUGGGAAACAUCGGUUACAUUGGGGGAAAUAUUGGAUAUAUUGGAUCGGGAUCACUUAAUAUGGAUUAUCCCUACGAACAUGGAAAUGCACAUUAUCAAUUGUGGAAGCCGCCAGGAAGUUAUUUCACUAGAGGAGAAGCCCCGCCACCUUACGAAGAAGCGAUAGCUUUAGCUCAAGCUGAAUCUCUUAAUACAUGCACAGUAAGCGUUGCCACAUCAACUCAAAGACAGUAUCCAAUAGGAUUGACAGAAUCAGAAACGUCACAAACCAUCACUGCUAAUACAACCAACCUUAUCAAUAUAAAUAUUAAUAAUGGUGGAAAUCUUACGGCAAUAGCAACAGGUGAAAAUCAUAUAGCUUCUACAUUGUCGGCUGCUGACACUCAAAUUGAUGCAUCUAACACAAGCGUUUCAAACGAAGCUUGUGUUGCAUUUCCCACGAGUUAUUAUACUAUUCCCGUAACUACGUCCGAAGUAUGCACGAAUCAAAACUGUGAUUUAAAUCUUGGUAGCAAUUGCAAUUACUCGUUGCCCAAUGCUUCGAAUGCAAAAGAAGUUCAAACGUGCACAAACCAAACAAUCACAUCAAAUACUAAUGCAACGAUUCCAAAAAGCAGAGUAAUGGAAAGAUUUGCGGAAACAUUCAAUAACACUAAUAAUCGCACAAUUCUCCCGCCACCCAUAUUUGAUAGUAUCGCGAAUGAAUCAACCACUGCCAGUGAAGAGAUUGCAUCAAUAACAAAACUUCACCCUGCAGGGAAGCGAUAUCAUCGUACAAUUCCAAGACAUUACGCGGCUGUGGAUCCGAUCAUAAAUCCACUUAAGGCUAAUCGUAGUACCAUCGUAGCUACAGUAUUAACAGAUAGCUCCAGUAAUAUUUCUUGUAAAAGUGAUACUAUAGGUAAAAAUGAACGUAUAGAUACGAAAUUCAACGGAUCGAAAAGAAUGUCUUGCCAAUGUCCUGUACAACAUACCCCAAUGUCCUAUAUAUCAUCUCAUGUUGCCGGAUUCAAUCAUCAAACCACUGGUGAAUCAACAAUAAUAUCCGAUAAUGAACGAUCUUUUACUAUGAGAAAGAAAUCUUGCGAACUCACACGAAAUAUCAGCCUGCUGAAAAGCACAAUGUCUACACAGUUGAAGCCAAAUCACUUAGCGAUCACACAAUGCAAAGGACCAUUUAAAAAUAAACCCGACAUUAAUAAUGGCUGUGAGAGUGGGCUAUACACUAAUACGGAUUACGUUAAAUUACAGUAUGUUUCAAAUUCUAACAAACUUGCAAACGAUCAGUCACUUGUUGACGCAAAUAUCGUUUCAAAAAAACAUAGUUCAAUGCCUAGGAAAACUACUUUCUCGAAUGAUGACUCAGCAGUCAUUAAUGUCAUAUCGAAAGCUUGUCCAGAACUAAAAGGCCAGGAAGCUAAUGUGAAGGAAACCGAUGCUCAACAAUUAACAAGUGUUAAGCAAAAUGUAUCACAUGAUCGAGAGACGCAUAGAAAAUUAGUUAAUUCAUCAAAAACCAGUGUUGAGCAAAAUCCUGAACUUCCACCGAAAAUGUAUAAGCACAACGUUGGUAGAUUAUCAGGGGCUCAUAAAAAAUCUUAUUACAGCAAUUCCAAAACACAUGCUAUAUCUAAACUUUCUAGUGAUAAUGCUAAGUUCUCUAUUCCCUCAACAAAUUCAGCCAACUUUUACAAAGACGAUGUUAACAAAACUCAAAAGAACAGUUACACUAAAUCAUUACCAAGAAAUGUUGUUGGAGUGAGUCACGAACAUGCACCUUCCCAAAAAUCAGCAUACGGAGCAAAUGAUAGUGGUAGUACUAAAAUUAAUUUCAAUACUCUGCCAAAGAAAAAUAAAAUUAAUACUCGUAGUUCGAAUUUAUUAACAGAAGUAGUAAAUAAGGUGCCAUCAGUAAUUAACAUCCCAUCAUCAUUCCAACCACCUCCACUGUUGGCAGUUGGUAUGUGUGCUCCAGAAUCGAAAGAAACUGCUUUUAUCAAUCAGACACGCAACAAGAGACCAGUUACUAAAACAACUAACAAUGAUGAUUCGUCACGGAUUGAUCACAUGUAUAGUUCUACCCGUCUUGGCGUACAUGUUCAUGGGACUAAAACAGAUAAACCUCUUCCGGUAUUGACAACGUCGACAAACUGUGUAAAUCCAAAAGAACACUUUCUGCCAAACGAUAACAGUCUCGACGAUGAUUAUCUGAGUGAAUGCGAGAACUGUAAAUCUGCCCAUGGUUCGCGCUACUACUUGGAAGAAGAGAUUGAUGGUGCUCCACAAGAAACCAUGACGUUACAACGAAAAAUGCCAGAAAUCGAGGAGGAUCAACAAAACUAUUAUCGAGUUUCAUCUACAUUACCGACCAAUACCAGUAGAAAAAAUCCGAUCGUCAAAAACCGUGAUACAUGGUUUACAACUAUACCUGCUAGUUCAUCGUCGGAGGAAGAAAUAAUUGAAUAAUAACAUAGAUGUGUCAUCUAAUGCUCUUCAAACUGUGUUCCAGUGUAGAUGUACUUAUCCAAUAAUCUAAUUACAGUGCACAUUUUCCAAUGUUUUAUUUGAGUGCAGGACACAUAUUUCAUUCUACGUUAACGACGUUAUUAUCACUGCGUUAUCUAACAGUUUAUAUUUUAAUAUACACGUUAUCGCAAACCAAAAAAAAAAAACAAAAGAAUCUACGUGGCGAAUCAAUAUACCAAUAUUACGGUUUUUAUUGCUGUUGCAACAAAGAAAACUUCCUGGGUAAACACAUGAUUAUUAGAGAUGCACCGAAUAUUUCUCUGGCUCAACGAGAAUCAAUUCAAAACUGUUUCAACUAUUCAGCCAAAUAUCAGGGUGUCGAAAACCUGAAAAAUCAGGGAAUGUCAGGGAAUUAAUUUUUCGGUCAGGGAAUAUAGACUGUUCCGAAAAUUAUAAAUACAUCUUCUUUCUUUAAUAAAACAAAAAAUACAGGAUUUUCGGGUCAUUUUGUUCUGAAAUAUAGAUAAUAAGUGUUUUCUUUCCAGUUUCAAUUCAAGUUGGGAUUAUUUUUCGUAGGAUACGCGAGCUCUCUAACUUUUUUCUUAACACUACUCAUAAGCUUUUGCACAGUGUGUUCUCCGACCAUUUUUACCACUUUAAGCCAAUCUUUUUUAAAUUUUUCAACAUUGUCCGCUGGUUUGACAUAUUUCCUCAGCUUUGCCUUGGUCAAAGCCCAAAAAGUUUCAAUAGGGCGAAUUUCAGGGCAGUUUGGAGGAUUCAUCUCCUUUGGGACACAUGUGGCAUUAUUUGUUUUAUACCACCCUAGUGCAUCCUUAGAGUAAUGGCAAAAAGCAAGAUCGGGCCGAAAGAUUGGAGGAUUGUUAUGCUGCUUAACCAUGGGUAACAACCUUUUCUGCAAACACUAUUUCACGUGAAUUUUACCAUUCAUUGUGUCAUUCGUAAUGAAUGGACGAGAUAUUUUCUCACAUUCACAAAUGGCCUGCCAAACCAUUACCUUCUUGCCGAAUUUUCGGUGUAAAUGGCUUUCACUGGUCCAGAGACAUCCUUUCCCUUCGGUGAUGUAUAAAAUUGCGGUCCUAGCAGAGUCUUAUAGUCCAGUUUUAUGUAGGUUUCGUCAUCCAUGAUAACACACCCCAUUUUUUUGGUCAGAAGUUUGUCAUAAAGCUUCCGAGCUCUCUGUUUCACAGAUUCAGCUUGUUUUGGAUUUUGUUUUGGCUGCUUCUGCUUCCGACGGGUCUGCAGACCCAUUCUUCCCUUGGCACGCAUAACGUUACUCGCCGAGGUUCCAAGCCUUCUCGCCUCAUCUCGUACUGAUACUGAAGGAUGCCGCUUGUAGUAUUCCUUAACCUUUUUGUCCAUUGUGGGAUCAACAGGUCCGGGAUCCAUUUGUGCACAAUUCGCUUUCUUUGCUCGGGAGAAAGGCCACGCAUUUUCAAAAUUUCGCACUUAAUGUUAGAAAAAAUGACAGCAUCUGUUUCUUUUGGAUGUAAACAACAGGACACAGCCAACGUUUGGUUGAAUACUGCACGUUAUUUGAAAUGACGGUUAAUCGUAAGUGUAUUUAUAAUUAUCGGAACGGUCUAUAUCAGAAAAAACUGAAAAAAUAUUCAGGAAAAUUUUUUUUAACCGAGACGCGAUUUUUUUAAGCGGCUCUUUAGUGCAAAAACUGAUUUUUUCAGCACAAAAGGUUUGUAACAACUGUUUUCGUGAACCUGGGAGAAGUAUGACCAGAAACCCUUUUUAUUCUGUUGACAACAAUUGAUGAUGAAUUUUUCAUUACAUGUUCGAUAGCACAUCUUGAUAAAUUGACUGGCUAUAAUUGAUUUGCUUGGGUUCCCUUGGUAGCAUUCUUUGCCCUGCAGCUUUGAAUUUGCAAAUAUUUUCUGGUUGGAGAAAAUUUUGAAACAAUUCGAUCCAGCAAUGUCCUCAGCAAUAUAUUGCUUUUUGUUACUCUUCAUUUGUUACUCACCAUGAUAAUAAUGUGAAUGAUUGAAAUGUGUGACAAUAAUAAUAGAUAUUAUGAUGACAUUCUUAACUAUCCUGGCAACCUGAAGCAUCGAGAAUAAAAAGUUGAAGCGCAAAAAUUCACAUCCAGUGUCUUGAUCAUGUUUUCUACAUUGACUACACACUUAAAUAUUAUCACCGAGAACGGUAAAAUGAAUUACCGAGAUUUCAACAGCUGAGAUUUCGGUAAAAAUCUCGGUAAUACAUCAAAAUACCGAGAUUCUGUUAAACCAAACUUGUUAAACUUUAAUGAGAUUCUCGGUAAUAUGUUACCGGGAUACCCAUGAAAUAAUGCUGAAACUCGGUUUAAUUCAUCGAACACUCGGAAUUUUGCGAUUUUUCAGAGAAAUCCAGAAAAAAAUGAUCCAAACGACUGAUUGUCCGUAUAAUUUUAUAAUUUAUUAAGUCAAAUGGUUCAACUAAUAACAGCUUUGGUAGAAACGGGAGAGUUAUGUUGCUUCCUGGAAAUAAAACAACAUCCAUCACUCUGCAACUCCCAUCCUGCGAAGCGGGUCGUUAACCUACAAAGUUGAGUAAAGAAAGAGUUAACAGUUUUCUUCUAGUAUUAUUUGCAAUGUACAUAAACAAGAUCUGAGAAAAAUUAGUGUAUACUCACUCAAUAUUUAAAGUUAAUCUUGAUAUAAUAAUUAACCGCAACACCUACUCCUUUCACAUCUAAACCGAAACACGAACACUAUUGAUAGUGAAGCUUUUAUUAUUUUGGCAGUUCUAUUUUUCAGAAUCUCGGUAAUAGUUAUUUUGGUUCGACGAGGUCUCGGUUAAAUGAUGUCAGGGUUCCGAGAUUCGGUAUUUUAGUUUACUGUACUCGGAAAUUUGCUGUUUUUCUCGGCAAACAAAUUUACGAUAUUCGAUUCCCGAUUUCUCAGUAACCUAAGCGAAAAUAACCACAACUCUUUCAAUGCAUUAAUGGUUGGCAUGAUCACCGUUACUAGAUAUGUACCGUUUUUUUAUAUUUUCCAGUGAAUAAUGUUGUUUUCCGAAAACUAUCAAUAAAAAGGUGAUAUAAUGCAUUGUUUAGUUGUCAUAGGAAGGACAGUUUUUUUGUUCCAUCUAAAAUCGGACAAAUUGAUCGAAAAUUGCUAAUAGGAUGUAACCGUUUGUCGUAUCAUACACUAGUUAAAUAAUUUUUUUGAUUUGAUAGUUCGCUUGACCGAUUUUAACCCUAAAAUUGGUCAUUCGUCUUUGUAAAGAUUUGUUUGAGCCGAGCUCUUAUGAAGCCCAAAGAUUCCAUUCCCGGUAUUAGUGUAUAUUAAUUUGCCGGCUGUGCCAGGGAAGGCAUUAAUGAGUUGCAUGUUUGCACGCAGCUGACCGCGAUUCUACGUUUCAAUAAGGCUUGACAAUUUUCAAUUGUUCGCAUAAUCAAACUACAAGGAAAAUUCAAUGAAAACUAACCGAGUGAUAAGCAUCUGAAAUUGGACAUGAUUUCGUCUCGUGUUUCAUUUUACACUCCUUAAGAUCUUUCUUAACCCUGGAAAGAUAAUUCUGGAUAAUUAUCAUAAUUGAUGCUGGAUAUGACUAGAUAACUGAUGCAUAAAUUUGAAAUCAUUUAAAAUGUAUGUUUUGUUUAAAAUUUAAUAAUGAGGGAUAAUUACGGUGUUAACACAUCGAAACAUAACAAAUCCUAGAAUUCAAUUUUUUGAAAAUGGAGAACUGUUCGCCGCAACAGCCCCUCGUAUAGUUCCACUAACGGUUGCUAUACUCAUCCACUGAACUGGGAGAAUAUAUAAUGGACAAUAAUGGCAAAUAGAAUAGAAGAGUACAGAUGAGAUAAAGAGCAGAAAUUGAUAUCGAAAUUAAAAGAGACGGCAUUAUCAUUGAAUUGAAGUAAAUUCUGUAGUGGAUCGGGGAAAAAAUACUAAAUAGCACUGAAUUUUUUAGGCUGCAAAAAACUCGAAACUAUAGAAUAGAGUUUUAUAUACUGCUGGAAGAACUCCAUCAACUGUCCCAACAGAUUUUAAAAAAAUUUAACCCGAUUAGAAUGAGCGCGAGUUAACAACCGAGCUACCAAAGGAAUUUGCUGACAACUCAGACAAUGCCAUCGACGAGCAGGUUGACGACAAUCGAACGAUCGGAGCCACCACCGAGCGAUGCGGAGUCAGCGGUUCAUAUUCUGACCAACGUGAAUCGAACGGCGGGCACAAAUGUAAUCGUUAGAAUUAAUAAAGUUAGUCUUAAUUGAGCAGUGAAAUGUGUCAGUAGCUUUUUUAAAAACUCCGAACAACACCCAAGUGUUUAACUGGCGCCCGAAUAGGGACCCAGAAGUCUGGAAAAGUAUAAGUGUUUUAAAGCGUGAAAAUCUUCAUAUUCGGUUAAAGCAGCCAGAUCACAACGGUGGAAAGAGCCACACACCAGAAACCAAGCGAUCUGCAGGACACUGAGGUAAUCACCCGAUCGAUGUGAGAGUCCCGAGUACCGCUAGGAAAAAGGAGCAACUCGUAGCAUCUGCCGACGAUAAAGGGAUUCCCGUCAACCCAGGAAAAGAAAGUCCAGAUAUGCUGGCAUUCAUGUAAGUGAUAGUUUUAAUAAAUAGUGAUAGUGUUUUAGUGCAACUGACAAAAGUCCAGACUAGCUGGCAUAGUGAAAUAAAAAAGUGUGUUUAAUUGAGCCUCAAAGAAAGCAAAAAAAAAAUAAUAAUAAUAAGUGUUAAAUUCAAAAAAAAUCUGAAGAAAAGUAGAUUAAUUUUUUAUUUUGCAAGAAUAAUGAAUCCACCUAUACCCACGUCGGUGAACCCAUUAUCAAACCAACAGUUCUACGAACUAGGUAAAAUACCGGAUCUUCUAAGAGAUCUUCAACCGUUUGACGGUAGAGCACAAGAAUUACUUGCAUGGCUCACAGACGUAGAAGAUAUUUUUCGACAUUAUCGGGAAAAACACGCAACCCCAGAUCAGGUUGCAAUUAUAGAAAAAACAGUCAGACGUAAAAUUCGUGGUGAAGCCGCAGAUAUUUUGAACGCAAAUAAUAUUACUUACGAUUGGCUCGAAAUAAAAGAAACUCUCUUACUUUAUUAUCGAGAUAAAAGAGAUAUCAAAACAUUGGACUUUGAACUGACGACAGUGAAGAAACACCCGUCUGAAAGCCUCAGCAGCUAUUACAGCCGAGUAAAUGAACUGCUCGCUUCUAUUAUCGUCCAAAUUCAAACAGACGAGAGAAUGAGUCAAAAUGCCGAUUCACACACCACAUAUUUUCGAGAAAAAGCAUUAGAUUCAUUCAUUAGAGGAUUAGUAAAACCCCUCAAUGUGUUAUUGAAAACGGCUACACCAACAAGCUUGGCAAAAGCAUACCAAUUUUGUAUAGAUUUUUACAACAUGGAUGCGAGAAGCGCACCAUUCAGAAAUGAACAUUCCAAUUAUUCAAUCCCCAAACCCAGAGAGCUAAACUUGCCUCGACAUCCGCCAAAAAUUCCACCACGUAACCAAAACUUUCCUCCUCCACCACCUAGAAACUUUCAAAAUUCUUGUUUACCCCAACAGUACCGAAACCCCUUCAUAUCAAAUCAGAGAAAUAACACGAAUCCAUUUGUACAACCUCAACCCCGUUUCCAACCAAAUUUCAAUCCAUUUUUGCAACCUCAAAAUAGAUUCCAACACAAUCUAAACUCCUUCAAUCAUCCACCGAAGCCUCUUCCGAGACCCGAACCAAUGGAGGUAGAUCAAAGUGUCCGAUCUCGGUUUUUAGAUUAUGGAAACCGACCUACCUUUCCUAUCAAACGCCAACAUCCCCCAUCAUCUAAAAUACAAAAUUUUAAAAGACUAGCUCACCCCAUAGAAGGAACAUCAACAUUUAACGAAGUAGAAGCCAAUGACGAAACAGAUGCUAAACAAUAUCCCGAACACCAGUUUGAAGGGUACGAAGAUUAUCAUGAUUUUUAUGCAUACGAUAGCAAUAGUCACCCCCCCGGAAACAUAGAUCAAACUGAUGCAACUCAAGAAACCAAUUUUUUAGGAUGAAACCCGAGUUGGUGAAACCGGUUCUACCAUUCAUCAACCUAAAAACAACAAUUGGAAACUUUCCCUUCCUCAUCGAUACCGGAGCGAAUAUCAAUUUGAUUGAUCCUAAACUAGCCUGGAGUUAUAACAUUUCAAGACCAUAUAAUUUCUCAAUUUCUCAGCAAACCAAAUUUUAAGUGCUAAUGUAAAUUUCGAUGCCACAUCAGCAAUCGACAUAAAUUUCUUCUACCCAAAAAUAAACUUCAAAAAUUCCUACUUCACAAAUUUCAUCCGUUUUUCCGUGGAAUUAUCGGUACGGGUAUUUUAAAAGCACUUAGUGCCACAAUCGAUAUGAAAAAGAUGACUCUUACCUUAUGUAGAAAUUCUGAAGAACUAGUAAUCCCUUUACAAGAAUAUAUACCUCAGAAACAAAUAGCUAAUAAUGUAGAGCAGUUUAGAACUUGUCAUCUAACCUCCUCAGAAAAGAAAAAAUUGGAAGAAGUUUUGAAUGCCAACAAAACGGCAUUCCAUGAGCCGAAUUCGAAACUUACAUAUGCGACAAAAAUUGAGUGCACAAUCAACACAACUGAUGAUAUUCCAGUACACCAGAGAGUUUAUCCAUACCCUGCAGCCUAUACAGAAGAAGUCAACAAACAAAUUAAAAAGCUUUUAGAAGAUGGUAUUAUUCGACCUUCUCGUUCAGUCUGGACAGCCCCAGUUUGGGUGGUCCCGAAAAAAACAGAUGCCUCUGGCGAAAAAAAAUUCAGAAUGGUCAUUGAUUAUAGAAAAAUCAAUGAAAAAACAACUUCAGAUCGAUAUCCCAUGCCAGAAAUCAGCUAUGUAAUUGAUCAACUCAAAGGCCAGAAAUACUUCUCCACUCUCGAUCUAGCUUCCGGCUUCCAUCAGAUCAAGAUGAAAGAUGAUAUACAAAAAACAGCAUUUUCUAUAAACAAUGGCAAGUACGAGUUUACUCGAAUGCCAUUUGGCUUAAAAAACGCCCCUGCAACUUUCCAAAGAGCAAUAGACGACGUUUUAAGAGAACAUAUUGGAAAAAUAUGUUAUGUGUACAUUGACGACGUCAUGGUCUUUGGAAAGACUCUCGAAGAACAUUUGGUGAAUUUGAAUAUUAUUUUGAACACGUUGAAUAGAGCGAAUUUCAAGAUUCAAUUGGACAAAUCCGAGUUUUUACAUUCUGAUGUAGAAUUCUUAGGAUACAUCUGAUGUAGAAUUCUUAGGAUACAUCAUAAGCUCAGAAGGUAUCAAACCGAAUCACAAAAAAAUUGAAGUGAUUCAAAAAUUCCCAGAACCCAAAACAAUAAAAGACUUGAAAUCAUUCCUCGGAAUGAUGAGCUAUUACCGUCGAUUUGUAAAGGACUUUGCAAAUAUCGCAAAACCUUUGACAAAUCUUCUACGAGCGGAGAGAAAUCCGAUGUCGAGCAAAAAAAUUUACCUUUGUGAUACUGAAAAACAAUGUUUUAAUAAAAUGAAAAACAUACUUUCUUCCUCUGAUGUGUUGAUAUACCCUGACUAUGAAAAACCAUUUUUAUUAACUACAGACGCUUCAGACUUUGCUAUCGGAGCGGUACUGUCUCAAGGAGAAAUGGGUCGAGAUAAACCAAUACAUUUCGCUUCAAGGACCUUGUCUGUGACAGAAGAAAAAUUUUCUGUUCCUGAGAAGGAAAUGUUAGCGAUUUAUUGGGCUUUACAAACAUUUCGGAAUUAUUUAUAUGGAACCAAGUUUAAAAUUCUCACAGAUCAUCAACCCCUCACAUUCGCACUCUCGCCAAAGAAUACGAAUGCCAAAUUGAAAAGAUGGAAAUCGUACUUAGAAGAGCACGAUUAUGAGAUAAUGUAUAAACCAGGAAAAACAAACGGAUGCUCUAAGUAGAAUGGUAUGUUCCAUGACAGGAACCCAACAUUCUGCCGAUACUAGCGACGAUUUCUACAUCAUAUCAACAGAGGUACCAAUUAACGCUUUCCGUUAUCAAGUUAUCAUUAAAAACGGUCCGAACUCAGUAAAGUUGAAUAGUUGAUAUUAAUGAAAAUUCUAUUUUGCAGAUCCUAAAAACUCACUUUAACAUAGGUUUGGUAAAUGGAUUAUUAACAGACGAAGACACCAUGGGAAAAAUUCAAGAAACAUAUAGAAAAUAUUUUGGCCAACAAAGACUGUUAAAAAUCCGAUUUACUCAGAAGCAACUCGAAGACGUUCAAGACGAAAACGAGCAACGGAACGUCGUAAGGAACGAACACAUGAGAGCCCAUAGAUGUGUUCAAGAAAAUAAGCUUCAAAUCAUGCGGAAAUUCUACUUUCCAAAGCUGCAUCAAAAACUCAGAGAUUUCAUUGUGAACUGUCGUAUCUGUGACAAAAACAAAUACGACAGGAAUCCCAUUAAAUAUCCUCUUCCGAAAACCCCGAUACCGAAUGCUCCUUUCCAAAUCGCUCAUGUAGACAUAUUAUUCCUCGAGAGCAAUCAUUUUCUCACCUACAUAAAUAAAUUUUCUAAAUUCGCUCAAGUGAUGCAUGUCCAAUCCCGAGCAGCAAUUGAUAUUGUCCCAGCCCUCAAGGAACUCCUGUCCAAAUACAAACCACCAGAUAUUUUAGUCAUGGAUGGUGAAAAAUCAUUUAUGACCGGAGACCUGGUUAAUUAUUACAAUGGUACUGGAAUCACCCCCUACAUUACGGCAACAGGAAGAAGUGAGAUGAACGGAACGGUUGAACGGCUCCAUUCAACUCUCUUAGAAAUCUACCGAAUAACCAAAACUGAGAAUCCCACUAAACCUCUUAUUGAACUCAUGCACAUGGUCCUUCAUAAAUACAAUUCAUCCAUACAUACCGCAACAAAAUUUACUCUUUACGAAAUUAUCCUUCCAUCUCCCCAAACACCCGAAAUCAUCGAAAAAGUAUUUGAAAAUUUAAAAAGGAAGCAAAAACAAGAUCUAGACCAUCAUAAUAAAUCAAAGAAAAUAAGAAAUCCUAAAGAAAAUAGCGAAGCAUUUGAAAAAACCCGACAAAGGCUGAAACACAAAGCAAGAUAUAAAAAAGUUAAAAUAGCAAAAGUUAUUAACAGUACAAUAACCACCAAUGAUGGAAGAAAAAUUCAUAAAAACGACAUUAAAAUUCGAGAGAUCUAACUCAAUGCACUUCAAUUACAGAUUAGGACUUUUAAUCCUACAUUCAGGAUGGUCAUCAGAACAAACUAUAUCACUCCGGAACCUAACUAACCAGCCAAUCCUAGCAUUCGACCAUGGAACUAGCAGAGUAGGAAUUGACUCAUAUUUUUAUAUCCAUCAUUUUAACAUAAGUUCAUAUCAAUACCAUGUACGAAACCUUAGAGACAUGUUUGACGAAAUAGCGACCAAUCAGUUUUCCAUAUUAAUUAUAGAAGAAUUUAAACAAAUCGAUCAAAUACUGAACAACCUUAUUUCAAUUAAAAGAUCAAAACGC